AUGACAUCCUCCCAGGAUGCAUGCUAUAUCUCCCUGCUGGGGCUGGCGGAAUACUUUCGCACGUCGACACCGCCGGACAUCAAGAAAUGCAUCCAGUGCUUGCAAGCGCUGUUUACGUUCAAGCCCCCGCUGAAGGUGGAAGCCCGGACGCAUUUGCAACUGGGCCAAAUACUGAUGGCCUACACGAAAAACACGGAUCUGGCCAAGAAUCAUCUCGAACAAGCGUGGAUCCUCUCGGAGAACAUCAAUAACUUCGACGAUGUCAAGUUCGAUACGGCUAGUCUGUUGGCGCAGUUGUACCAGCAGCAGGAACAGAGUUCCCUCGCUAAACCGGUCCUACGGAAAGCGAUCGAGCUGUCGCAGCACAACGUCUACUGGCAUUGCAAGCUGUUGUUUCAGCUAGCGCAAACGCAUGCUACCGAUAAAGAGUACACACUGGCCUCGGAGUUGCUGGCCGUGGGCGUGGAAUCGACGGACGAAUCUAACGCCACCUACCUUAAGUCGUUGUUUCUGUUGAGCCGCGCCAUGAUCAUGAUGAUCGAGCGGAAAACGAACGAUGUGUUGGCGUUGCUUAACCAAGCCAGUCCCAUCAUCGAUCACUCGAUCCCGAACGUACACUUGAAGGAGUACCUGAAGGUGUUCUUUUACGUCCUGCAAGUGUGCCACUACCUACAGCUGGGGCAGGUGAAAACGGUCAAAACAAGCCUCAAGAUGCUGCAGCAGAGCAUACAAACGAUUAUUGCUCCUAACUGGCCAUCGGACGAACAGAUCUUCGGACAGAACAACACGGAAAUGUUCAUGUGGCUGCCGAAGGAGCAGCUGUACGUGCUCGUUUAUCUUGUCACCGUGUCUCACUCGAUGAUGGCCGGAUACAUGGACAAAGCGCAAAAGUAUACCGAAAAGGCGUUGACCCAGAUCGAAAAGCUUAAAUCUCAGGAAAACAAGCCUAUCCUAGCCGUGUUUCAGAUCAUCCUGCUCGAACACAUCAUCAUGUGCCGGCUAGUGAUGGGAAACAAAUCGCUGGCUAUCAAGGAGAUCGCACUCGCUAAGGACGUCUGUUUGUCUUCUUCACACAAAUUUUUGCUGAAGAAACACGCGCCCCAGCUCCACUGCUUGCUAGGGCUGUACGCAAUGUCCACCAGUCUGUUUGAGCACGCAGAAAAGCAGUUCUACGCCUGCAUUCAAGAAACGACCGAGCGCGAACUUAAGCUGUUUGCCAAUCUAAACUUAGCCAUCGUGUAUCUGCGAACGAAACGCGAGCAGGACCUGCGGAACAUCCUCGAGCAGAUACAGCAGGAGAACUCGCAGUGCUCUAACAGCCAGGCGCUGAUGGGAAGCUUCUAUUACGUCCAGGGAUUGAAUGCAUUCCACAAAAGCAGCUUCCACGAGGCCAAACGAUUUCUUCGGGAGACGCUGAAGAUGGCGAACGCGGAAGAUCUCAACCGGUUGACGUCAUGCUCGUUGGUGUUGCUAAGUCACGUCUUUCUGAGCAUCGGUAACUCGAAGGAAAGCAUGAACAUGGUAACGCCGGCGAUGCAACUAGCCUCCAAAAUCCCGGACAUACACGUGCAGCUGUGGGGCAGUGCCAUACUGAAGGAUCUCCAUCGGAUGCUGAAAGAACCGUCGAAGGAGAUCGAGGCGUACAAUAAUCACGUCACCUUUUCGCAAAACCUGAUCACCGAUCAGCUGAAGUGCACCAAGUUUCCUGAGCACGCGCUGAUCAACUGGUUCCAGGGUGAUCCCCCGCUGCCAAUGCUAUCACAGGAACUAGUCGUUCAGCCUACCGCAUCCAUGGUGGCUCCGGUAGCGUCCGGAUCCGGGGCCUCGCUAGUGGUGCAACAGCAGCAGCAAACGGGCGGCACAUACGUACGAUUACCAGGAACGCUCAACCAGCAGGUUAUGUUCCAAUAA